AAUAAAAAUAAAAAUAAAAAUCCGCGCUUUUAGACCGUGAGCUGAAGCUAAUGGGGUCUUUCUCUCUCUGAAAGUCUCCAAGUUUCUCUCUUUCUUUCUCUUCGACGAUCGAGUCAUCGACUGUCCUUCGAUGGAGUUACUUUAGGUUACGAUUCGGUGUAGUCAUGCGGGAACAAACUAGAAGAUAGAGAGCGCUCAGGUUUGUGAUAAAUGGAGGGUUGUGAUUGCUUUGAACCUCAAUGGCCUGCUGAUGAACUCCUAGUGAAGUACCAGUACAUAUCAGACUUCUUUAUAGCGCUCGCCUACUUUUCGAUCCCUCUCGAGCUCAUUUAUUUCGUGAAGAAGUCUUCGUUUUUCCCUUAUAGAUGGGUGUUGAUACAGUUUGGUGCUUUCAUAGUUCUUUGUGGAGCAACCCAUUUAAUAAACUUGUGGACAUUUACCAUACACUCUAGGACAGUGGCUAUUGUAAUGACAGUGGCAAAAAUUUCGACUGCCGCUGUUUCUUGUUUAACUGCCUUAAUGCUGGUACACAUAAUUCCUGAUUUGUUAAGUGUAAAAACUAGGGAGCUUUUUCUAAAGACUAAGGCUGAAGAACUUGAUCGAGAAAUGGGGCUAAUAAGGACGCAGGAAGAAACCGGAAGGCAUGUCCGUAUGCUUACUCAUGAGAUCAGAAGCACAUUAGAUAGGCAUACUAUAUUGAAGACUACCUUUGUUGAGCUCGGGAGGACUCUAGACUUGGCAGAAUGUGCCCUAUGGAUGCCAUCUCGGAGCGGAAUGACUCUUCACAUUUCUCACACUCUGCACAACCAAAUGCCUGCCGGAACAUCUGUGUCUAUUAAUCUCCCUAUUGUCAAUCAAGUUUUUAGUAGUAAUCGGGCAAUGAGGAUCCCUCAUACAUGCCCGUUGGCUAGGAUUCGGCCUCUUGCAGGACGAUAUGUACCUCCGGAGGUUGUUGCUGUUCGAGUUCCUCUACUGCAUCUUUCUAAUUUUCAAAUUAAUGACUGGCCUGAGCUUUCUGCAAAAAGCUAUGCUGUGAUGGUCUUGACGCUCCCAUCAGAUAGUGCGAGAAAAUGGCAUGUCCAUGAACUGGAGCUUGUUGAAGUAGUUGCAGAUCAGGUGGCAGUUGCACUUUCACAUGCUGCCAUUUUAGAAGAGUCUAUGAGGGCACGAGAUCUACUCAUGGAGCAAAAUGUUGCUCUAGAUUUAGCUCGGAGAGAGGCUGAGAUGGCAAUUCACGCUCGAAAUGAUUUUCUAGCUGUCAUGAAUCAUGAAAUGCGAACCCCAAUGCAUGCAAUUUUUGCCCUGUCCUCUUUGCUUUUGGAAAGUGAACUAUCUCCAGAGCAGCGGGUUAUGGUGGAAACAGUGUUAAAGAGCAGCAAUUUACUAGCAACACUUAUCAACGACGUUUUAGAUCUUUCUCGGCUUGAAGAUGGAAGCUUUGAGUUAGAAAAUUCAAAUUUCAAUCUUCAUGCUGUUUUCAGAGAGGUCGUUAAUUUGAUAAAGCCAAUAGCAGCUGUAAAAAAAUUGUCAGUAGGUGUGUCAUUGGCACCAGACCUGCCCUUGUGUGCCACUGGGGAUGAAAAACGUUUGAUGCAAACUAUUUUAAAUGUUGCUGGUAAUGCCGUUAAGUUUACAAAAGAGGGAUAUAUUACAAUAACAGCCACUGUUAGCAGACCUGAUUCUCUGAGGGACCCUACAUUCCAAGAGUUCUAUCCUGUUUCCAGUGAUGGACACUUCUAUUUGCGAGUACAGGUAAGGGAUACAGGCUGCGGAAUUAGUUUGCAAGACUUACCACAUAUCUUCACCAAAUUUGCACAUACACAAAAUGUAGGUAACGGAGCCUAUAAUGGCAGUGGGCUUGGACUUGCCAUCUGCAAGAGGUUCGUAAGCCUCAUGGAUGGGCACAUGUGGCUCGAAAGUGAAGGCACAGGGAAAGGUUGCACGGCUACGUUUAUAGUGAAACUUGGAAUUUGCGAGAACCCAAACACAAUUUUACCUGCAAUAAGCUCGAGCCAAGAAGACACGGACGUUUUUGGCACUAGACCUCCUCGUAGGGAAGAGAACAGGCUAGUUCCUUCAAGACUCCGGUACCAGAGAAGUAUAUGAUAUUCUUGGGCAAGGUAAAAUUUUGAUAAGGUUAAUGACCUGUAAAUGCAUGAUGAGUGCAAAUUGAUAUUGUUUCGAAUGUUCAAUCAGCCUAUCAUGAUAUAUUGCAAAGUUCUCUUAGUUAGGGCAGUGGUUAAGAGGGGCUGGGUUGAACAUCACCACCAACUUGCAUUGUAAAAUGUUGAUUAGUUAAUGCAAGAAACUGUGUAUUUGCUUGCAAAUUAGAAGUAUUCCAUCAACUGAUCUGAUAAAGUUGGAUUUGUGUGAAAAUCAUCAAAUAUGUAUUUUUUUUUUUGCUGUAUCUUUUUAGUUACUUAUGAGGGAGAUAGUUUU